AUAUCUAAUGUUGGUAUUACCAUGAGGUGGGUUCAUGUGAACUAAACAUAACCUAUAUUUUGGUAAGAGGUUAGAAAGUGUGUUAGUUUCAGUUAGUUUGUUAAUGUUGCUUGAGCAAUGGCAAUGCAAUACAGUAAAGAUGGCAAAUAUUUUGCCCAAAUAACGGCGGAAAGUAGAUUAAAGAUAUGGAAUACAUCGACGAACAGUUUUGAGCAGGAAUACACACCAAAUUUCCAUUUGGCUGCACCAUGUGUGAGUUUACAUUUCGUCCAACCAACAGCAACAAACAGGGUGGGUUCACCCAAAAAGAAAAUCAAAAGAAAAACUGAACUCUCCAAUCACUAUGUUUGUUUGGGAACAACAAAUGGGUUACUUUUGGUAUACUCCAUAACUAAAGGUGACUUGGAUUUCACAAUAAACAGUGAAACCAGCGAAGUAAUCAAUUGUUCGUCAUGGCAAUCCGGUACAGAAAUGUAUUCAUCAGCUAAUCAAAAUAUUUUAUGCUGGGAUUUAGAAAAUAGAAGUGUUAAGAGUAAUUGGAAAGCAGGAAAUGAGACAAUUACUGCAAUGUAUUUAAUCCCUAAAAAAGAUGAACUAUUGACAGCUGCUAAGACUAUUAAGCUCUGGAAUAUAAAUACACAGCAAUUGUUGAAGACUUAUGUGGGACACAAUGAUAAUAUUACUUCGAUGGAAUACAUCAGUACACAAAGUUCGGGAUGUUAUUGUCUUACUGGUGCAAAGUCUGGUAGGAUACUGUCAUGCUGGAAUUUAGAAACUGAUUCAGUAUCAGCUAGUACUCAUUUCAUUAUGGAUGAUGUUAUUCACAAUUUGUCAGUAAGUGUUGAUAAUGAUGGCAUGACAAAGGUGGCUGCUACAACUAGGAAUGGAGUAUGCCAUAUAUUUAGAUAUGUUCUGAAUGGGCGUAGCACUAGACCACUGAAACCUGCAACAACUGUUAGAGUGGCAACUGAUAAUACAGAUGUUGUAGCACCUAUCCACAUAUUCUCAGCAAAUUAUAAAGAUGAUAAUAGUUUAAUGAUUGCUCAUGGAAUAGAGAUGAAGUUAACAUUCGAAGAUGUUAUUGUCAGUACUACUGAUAAGUUGCAAUGCUUAGUAAGAGCUGCACCAAAGUUGCAGUCCAAAGCAAAAAGCGACGGUGCUAUAGGUCAGAAAGUACCGAUAGAUAGUACAGAGUAUUUGGGAACGCACUCAUCAAAAGUAUUGCCCAAGAAGAAGAAAGAAGGUAAAGCAUGUGAAGUGCCAAUGGAAAUGAGGCUAGAGAACUUGAGUCUUAACAAGUUGGAUACUGUUUCGAGGUCGAGCGUGAAAAAUAUUGCGCAUUUGUUGCUGCAGGCUAUGCACAGCCAGGAUCAAGUGAUGUUGCAUACGGUAUUCAAGAAUCGCGAUGAAUCCGUUAUUAGGAAUGCUGUUAAGAGGUUGCCCAUUGUCUCCAUCAAGAAUUUACUGGACCAGAUGACUAUUUUUAUGCGGGGCAAGAGUCUUUGGUGCCAGACUGCUGCAAUCUGGAUGAGGAUCAUAGUACAAGAGCAUGCUGGUAUUUUGGCUUCAAAUCCUUCUCUUUCCGCGCUUUUGGAAGAAGUUCUCUCAGCAAUUGAUGCGAAACUUGUCAACCAUAGGCCCUUAUCACGAUUGAAGGGCAGAUUAGAUUUAUUAAUUUCACAAAUCGAGAAACAACCAAGCAGGGAUAAUAAUAGUAGCGAGGCGCUAUUAGUCUACAAUGAUAAAGCAUCAAGUGAUUCAGAAUUAGACGGAAUUGAAGUGGGCAGUACGACGGAGGAUCCAGUCGAUGGUUGGGAUGAGGACACUGAGGAAGUGAAUAUAUUCAACGAACCAUCGGGAAAUUCGAGCUCGGAGGCCGAAGAUUCAGAUGAUGCGAUGUCAACAUGAAUCUAGUUAAUGUCAUUCGUUGUUUUAUUUAUUGCAUUACAUAAAUGGAACAUCGUAAUUUAAUGCAUUUUAAAGUUUUCUU